AUGGUCCGCCGGGUAAACCUGGCCAGAAGCUUCGUGGUGCCCUGCUCCAUGUGGUGCGCCGCGAUCAGCAUUCAGCAGGCGCUCCUUCUCCUCGCGGGGGAGCGGCGCAUGGCGCUUGUGACGGGGGACGCGGUGUUCUUCACAUUCUACGCGUCAGUAUUGGCAUUGCUGUUCAUGCCUUCCUUGAUUCAGCCUUGGUCGCUAAAUAUUGUGGGAUCGUAUAUGAUGUUCAUGACUGCGUUAGCAGCAUCGCCGCUUGUCACCCCGACCGACAAGUUGCUAGUCUGGACCACAGCUACUUCGGCAUUCAGGAUCUGUAUCUCUCUGUGCAUGAAUUUGCCGGCGUUCGUGUCCUGGAACGUCAUCUACCUGAUCACCGUGAGCUUCCACUUCUUGAAGGGGGUGUCUCUGGAGUGCGACUGCAUGGUGCCAAGUCUUGAUGGGCCAAUGGUACUCGCCGCGGAGGUGAGCGCAUCCGUGGUGCUGGUGUUGAUCAGCUACGCGGUCCGCGGCGUACUGGAGGGGGAGGCUCGGCAGCAGGUGGAGGCUCGGGCAUCACGCAGCGGUCUGGACGCCGCAGAGUCCCUGCUGGGCACGAUCUGCGAUGCGGUGCUGGAGCUGGAUGCGGACCUGCGCCUGGGGAGCCACUCCCCGACCCUCGCAACAAUGCUGCUGCACAGCCCCGGACACUGCCUCGUCAAUUCGAAGCUGGACCGGUUCAUGUUUUCGGAAGACGACAAGCUCCGCUUCAACGAGUCUAUGCAGGUCCCCGCGCACGAGACCGGCACGAUCGCCGACGCAUUCCACGUGAAAAUGCGCGAUAGCCUCGGCAGCAAGAUCGACAUGGAGGUCUUCCACGUAUGCUUCAUGGACAGCCUGACGGAGCUGCCCCAGCACCUCGUGGGUCUUCGGGAGCAUAGUGACAACAGCGUGCCGCGGCUCGAGCAUGAGUCAGACUUCUUACCCUUCUUCGGCUCAGAGAACCACGGGGUCCAGUCCGAGGUGGCCGUCGUGUUCGACGCCGUGACGUUCGAGGUCCUCAGGUGCUCCGACGCCUUCACCGUGCGCUUCGGGCCGCUGCCGGCCCGCGCGUCCUUUGCCGACCUGCUGGUCCAGGGAGAGCCCCAACUCGAGGCGUUCUGCGAGUCCGUCAACAGCUUCGCCAACAGCCACGACCCCGUGAGCUUCUUCGACCUCAAGCUAAGUCUGCAGCUGCCUGGCAGCACCAUGCUGAGCAAGCGCGUCUCGUUUACGCUCUCCUUCGAUGUUUCCGAGUCGGGUGAGCGCGAGCGCGUAGUGUGCUGCAUGGUCCUGACCGCCGGCCGCGGCCCCAGCCGCAGCCGGCGCAGCAGCAGCAGCAAGUCCAGCCGCAGCAGCAAGCAGCGCAGCGGCUCGGUGCAAAGCGGCUCGAGGACGGGACAGCGCAGCCCCGCCCACCAAGCGGUUGUCCGCCAGGGCACCGUGGCACGCCCAGAGCCCAAGCAGAGGAUCGGAGAUCCGCAGGAGCCCAGGGACACAGAGGCGGCGAUGCAGCUCUGA